AAUAUAAAUACAUAUCUGCGAGUCUGGAAUCUACGACGGAACUGCAUCUGCCCCUUGACGCGAUCGACGAAACAUGUUUCUGCUUGUCGGAGCGGAGCACACUCCUAAAACGAUCGCGGAAUAGAUAGAAUAUUUUGUUUUCGAGCGAUUUCGGCGGUAGACAAUCAAUCUUACACCAACCUUCGAAAGCAAAACCGAAACGAAACGGUAGGGUUUUGCUUCAUCCGAAGCAACGAUUAGUUGCCAGCGUUAUAGAUAGGAAGCGAGUGGGCACAAUGUGGAAGUGUCAUAAAUGUUGCAAACCGGUAUUUUUCGCCGAACGCAAACAAUCUCUUGGUUAUGAUUGGCAUCCAGAGUGUUUGCGAUGCGAAGAGUGCGGUAAACGCCUGAAUCCGGGACAACAUGCCGAGCAUAAAGGUGUACCGUAUUGUCACGUGCCAUGCUACGGGGCGCUUUUCGGACCGCAAUUGUUCGGGCACGGCACUCGUGUGGAGUCCCAUAAGAGUUUCGGCCAGCCGAACCAGAAGAAGCUAGCAACCCAGCGAUCCCCGGCCGGCCCAGUUGUUCCCAGAGGCCAUCUCGAAUCAAAGUUACGAUGCUACAAUCAAUUCUACAAUAACAAAAGUAUGGAGGUCCGGAGCCGUGAGGUGAACGGGCGGUUGGUGCUGGAGGGAGCAUUGCGUAUUUAUUGGGGUGUCCAGGGAAUGAUUCACCUCAAAGAGGACGACGAUCAGCGUACGGUGGUAACGGUCCGAAAGCGCAAUUCAUACCGCCAGAGCAAUCCAGCGUCGAUUGUCGGCCCACCGCCCGAGGCUACCAAUGAUCUUGACGACGCUGGCAUUGAAACAGGCGAAGAAGGAAAAGAAAACAUGCUUCAUGUCGGUGAACAGGGACCCCAGCCAGUCGCUACGGUUGGUGCAAGCACGAUGAGCUCUGCAGAACCGGAUAGCAACAACGAUACUACGACUAUCUCGGAAAGCAUUUCUUACGAUACGCUGAGUCUCUCAUCCGAGCUCAAUUCGAUCGACUCGAAACCCAACUCGAGCGAAUCUUCAAAGGAUACUUCACCGAGCCACGAUAAGUGUGUGACACUCCCUGCUAAAUUGAAUGUCGGCCAACUCAACUGGGACGAGAUAGACGACCUGCUGCAGGUAGAACGACGCAAGGAUGAAAGCGAAAAGCUCUAUUGUACGAUGCCUUCUCCACUACCGCUCGGCUCAUGCUCAGGUGGCGACAGCAGUCUUACUAGUGAAAGCGUGACGGAUACGGACUACAAAACGCUUACCCAGCACACUGCGAGCGCUUGCGGUGAUAGUGAACGGAUCGCCACUCGGGGCGGUAAGAGUAGCAACAUUGGCAGUGGCACAUCAACAGAAACCACGUCGGUCAUAGAUGGACCAUCAACGACCACCGACGAAGAUUUUCGGACACCAGAGGCAACACUCCGGUCGCACGAUUUCGAAGCGUUUAAAAUGCAGAUCAGCCAAGAGUUUAUCGAUGGUGCCGCCGAAAUGGGAACUACCGACGGUACGCUCAAGCUCAAUCAACCGAUUGAUCCCACGCGUAUCAAUGAUUCACUGAAGCUUUACAACGAUGGUGUAAUGAAUCGUAGCCUUUCGGACGAGCAGUGUAGAAACGUGUUGUCCCUACCAACUGGUCACAUUACAGAUUCGUUUCAUGUGGAGCAGAGAAAUGCAGAAGACGGUAGUGGGGCAUUGCGAUAUUCUGCAAACGUUCGCAAUGGGAAGCCGAAAAACGAUGGGAUCGUAGCGCAACAUGCUAAACGGUUUCAGUCACAUCGCAACAGGCAAUCGGAAACACCGUCGUCGGAGAUGGUUACUAGCGACGGGGACGUCACGUCUCCAAUCACUGACAGUGACACUUGGACCGCCGAGCGAUGUUUACUGCGAUCUAAGUCUCAGGGCAAUUAUUAUUCCGGGAAUAGCUUCAUGGAUAGUGACGACGAUGUAGAGGGCGGGGACGACGGACUGUGUUCCGGCUCGGAAACACUCAAACCAUCUGCGCGGGCCGUCGGCUCUAUCCAGAUACGCAUGGAUUGUUAUGAUGAACUCGAGAGCCCGUCUUCGGCACACGGUGUAAGUGCACCGAUGCAAAAUGGAAACGGCACACGGUCGGUAGUUCCAGGAACGAAUACAACAUCCGAGUACAGUACCAGCAUCAGUGGUCACGCAGUGACCGAUGAUGGUGUGGUUUUGCGAAAACCACCCAAAACGGGUUCAACGGCGAUCAAGCGGCGCUCAGGUAAUAGGCGCUCCCGAACGAAGCUGAAGCGGCGGUGCUCUAUCAACGGCCACUUCUAUAACCGCGAGACGUCCUUUUUUACGCCACCGUACGGUUCGCAGAUGAACGUUUGGGUCACGUCGCUAGUCAACACCCAAGAGUUGAUAAAUCUCCUGCUAGAAAAGUAUAAAGUCGAGUCGAAGGCCGAAAACUUCGCACUGUUUAUUGUACGUGAUAAUGGCGAACAGAAGAAGUUAAAGGACGACGACCAUCCACUCUUGACGCGCGUCAUCCUCGGACCGCACGAAGACAUUGCACGCCUUUUUCUGAUGGAUGGACAGCAAACGCCAGAAAUAAGCAGCGAAGUGGCGCAAUUUUUGAAUCUCUCCGUGCCCGAGUGUCGCGCCAUCCUUGAGCGCUAUCACGAAGAGGAACAGCGCGAACUGUAUCGAAUACGUUUCAAAUUUGCCGAACUUCGCAAGCGGAUAGUUCAGCGAAUGGAAUCGUUAAAAGUGCGACUGUAAGACGGUUGUUGUUGGUGAAGCGUUUUUUUCAGUUUGUCAAAGGCAAACGCAUUAUUAUUUUUGUUCGAACUUUGUGUAUUUUUGUUUGUUGAUGGUAUAAGAGAAGCUAGUUAUGGGGGAAUGCCAAAACAAGUUUUAAUGCGAACGGUGAGGGAAACUAACAUGUACCACAUUAACACUCGUAGUGAUAAGUGCUUCUGUCGAAAACAUGUUCUAAGUUCCCGAACCUCAUCAACCGGAAAUAAAAUAGAGCUGUCCUUAUUUUUUAUGCCUGUCUGGUGCGCCAUAUGGAAUGAGCGGGAGGCGUGAAAUCACACAGUAUUCUGCUGUGUAAAACAUUUCACUUUUAGUACAGUCGUUUUCUACAGUUUAUUGCGAAUAUGUGUCUAUUUCCGUUGAACGACAGAUAAACAGCUAAUAAUUAUGCAACUGAUGUUUAAAAAAUAUAGAAUUUAUCCUUAUAUUUUUAGUAUUCUCUGGAAAGAGUCAAAGUUUUAGUUUCUAUAUAGUAAUUGCAAUCUCCGAUACAUGUCUUGACGGCAUACCAUUAUUCGUCAAUGCAUACAUCAUAACAUACCCUGUCAUUUAUUUAGUUUUUUCUCGUUCGAGUUUAUUAAUUCUAUUUUGUCAGGCCGAUGUACAGGUUAACAGGAAAAUACACGGAUAUCAUAUAGCAUCCUCGAAUUGAUCCAUAACGCUAAGUUGCGUACUGAAUAAUAAUUAAUAAUUAUAACACAAGGCACCAAUAUUAACAAAAAUGGCGUUCGAUACUCAUAAUCUUUCGUUGACGGAAACAGUUUAGGCUCAAAUAUGUAUUCGUGCUGCAACCGCUUUGCAGUCGAUUGCAAAAAGGGAUCGUACGAAACGAACUUCUUGAGUGAGGAAAAGUGAGAAAAAAGCAAUGAAAAGCAAAAUGGCUACAAUCAUGUGAAAAAGAAGUACAGUGAAUUCUAUAAAAGUAGCGUAGUUGGUAAUUCCUUUGUUUACGGAGAAUAAUAACAAAUCAAAAGAUAGCGAAAGAGUGAAAGCAAAGACGUAGAAGACAU